CUUAUAUUCAUUCUAGCUAUUGAUCUCUUGUUGAAAUCUUUCUCCCGGUUCACAAAUCGAUCGUGUCCUUAAGAAAAUUUUAUUGAGUUUUAAUUGCGUUUACACACUGAUUAUUCCAUGGUUGGCAAAUCUGCGUGUCUAAUUUACUGUUCUCUCUAAGUUUAGCAAUGAUUUCUUCGGCUAGACAUGAGUUUCUUGAAAGGGAUAAUAGACUCUCUAGGCUCCGCCUUCUCUUCAUAUAGCUCUGCAUCUCCAGUUCAGGAAGAAAAUCCCAGCGCUGGAACAAUGGAAGGCGUACCUGGGACUUCGAUCACAAAUGAACGCGCGGCAUAUAAGCUCAAGGGGUACUUUGAUUUAGCCAAAGAAGAGAUCGCCAAGGCUGUGAGGGCCGAAGAAUGGGGUUUGGUUGACGAUGCAGUUUUCCAUUACAAGAACGCCCAACGAAUACUCGUCGAAGCUACUUCAACACCUGUUCCUUCUUAUAUCAGCUUUAGUGAACAAGAGAAAGUUAAAUCUUAUCGGCAAAAAAUAUCAAAAUGGCAGGGUCAAGUUUCAGACAGAUUGCAAGCAUUAAAUCGCCGAGCAGCCGGCACAUCCUCAAACAAGACUAUCUUAACUCAUACACAUGGUGCUGCAGUUUCAUCAUCAACAUCAAAUUUUAAGCAAGAUCUGUCACAGAAGUCUCCUCGUUCCACUAGAAACAAUGUAGUAAUCAGGAAUCAGACGGAUAAACCUGCAAGCUCAAAACCUAUUCUAGAUUCUGGUAGCAGUUAUGAUGCAAAAUUGGUUGAAAUGAUUAAUACUGCAAUAGUGGAUAGAAGUCCUUCUGUAAAAUGGGAUGAUGUCGCUGGGCUUGAGAAAGCGAAACAAAGUCUAAUGGAAAUGGUUAUUUUGCCAACUAAGAGAAGAGAUUUGUUCACUGGGAUUCGGAGGCCAGCUAGAGGUCUGCUUCUCUUUGGUCCACCUGGUAAUGGGAAAACCAUGCUGGCCAAAGCUGUUGCUUCAGAGUCACAGGCAACAUUCUUCAAUGUUUCAGCAUCUUCCUUAACAUCAAAAUGGGUCGGAGAGGCUGAAAAGCUUGUUCGGACUCUGUUUAUGGUUGCGAUAUCCAGACAGCCAUCAGUAAUUUUUAUGGAUGAAAUUGAUAGUAUCAUGUCAACAAGGUUGGCCAAUGAGAAUGAUGCAAGUAGAAGGUUGAAAUCUGAGUUUCUAAUUCAAUUUGAUGGAGUAACCUCUAAUACUAAUGAUUUAGUAAUUGUUAUUGGUGCUACCAAUAAGCCACAAGAAUUGGAUGAUGCUGUUCUAAGGAGACUGGUUAAGAGAAUAUAUGUACCUCUACCCGAGAAAAAUGUGAGGAGGCUUCUUUUGAAACACAAACUCAAGGGCCAAGCUUUUUCCUUACCUGAUGGAGACCUUGAGAGACUUGUUGGAGAUACAGAAGGAUACUCUGGGAGCGAUCUACAAGCUUUGUGUGAAGAAGCUGCAAUGAUGCCAAUUAGAGAGCUUGGCUCAAACAUUCUGACUGUCAAGGCCAAUCAGGUGAGACGACUAAAUUAUGAAGACUUUCGGAAGGCAAUGACUGUCAUUAGGCCCAGUUUAAAUAAGAGCAAAUGGGAAGAGCUUGAACGGUGGAACGAGGAGUUUGGGUCCAACUAAUUGAUUUCUCAUUGCAAAAUGCUCCAUCUUAAUUAUUUUGUUUUAAUACAAUCUGUAAUUAGCAAAUAACCUACAUGCACUACAAAGAAAUCCGCGUGCUCAGUUCACCAUCUGAACUCUUUUUAUGUGGGUUGCUUUUGUAAUAAAUAUUGUAAUUGAAAGAAGAAAAUCACCAGCAUUUUCCUGGACAAA